ACACCAGUCGUAGUCAAACGUAAACUACAUUGCUUUAUAUACGGUAAUUUAUGAAAAGGAAUAUUAGAUGUGGACAUGCUUUUUGGGAACAAUGAUAAAGUUCAUUUUAUCCUUGCUCUUCAUUUUUUUUCUCCAAGUUUAUUUAUUUAGUUGGUGUUUCGUCGCUGAAUACUCACCAGUUAUACAAACUACUAAAGGACCGGUGAAGGGUCUCGUUUUGAAGACCAUCAGAGAAUCUAAGAAAUAUCAUUCCUACAGAGGUAUCCCUUACGGCGAACCACCAAUUGGACAUCUUCGAUUUAGACCACCUGUCGAGGUAGAUCCAUGGACCAAAGUGUUCGAUGCCACAAAGGAUGGUCCCAUUUGUCCACAAAUGCAUAAUAACAAAUUCAUCGGCCAAGAGGAUUGUCUAAAUCUCAAUGUCUAUACGCCGCAGCUUCCUAAAGAUGGGAAAGACACUAAUCUCAAAGCUGUUAUGUAUUGGAUUUUUGGGGGAGGAUUCCUUUCCGGGGCAGCUUCGAAAUUUAAUUACUCUCCUGAUUAUCUGAUUGAAGAGGACAUAAUAGUCGUCACUGUUAAUUACCGGUUGGGUGCUCUUGGAUUUUUAGCAUUGCAACAUCAAAAUGCAACUGGUAAUGCAGGCUUAAAAGACCAAAAUCUUGGUCUAAGAUGGGUUCACGACAACAUAGCAAAAUUUGGUGGUGAUCCAAACAAAGUGACGAUAGUUGGUGGAAGUGCUGGUAGCGUUAGUGUAGAUUUUCAUAUUCUCUCAGAGAAAUCGAAAGGUUUAUUCCGUAGUUCAAUUGCAAUGAGUGGGGUGUCAUUAGCUUACUAUGCAUUCAGUAUACCAGAAGAUGCAAUAAAAACAGCUUACGAAUUCGCUAAGAAACUUGGUUCCACAGCAAUGAACGUUGAUGAGUUACUUGAAUUUUAUUACAAAGUCGAUGUCGAAAAUUUGACUAGAACAAUUUCAAACAUAACGAGAAUAAAUAUUCCCUUGAAACCAACUCUGGAAAAUCCAAAUAAUGGUCCAGAUUGGUUCUUAACCGAAUGUUCGUUAAAGAAAUCCAUAUCUGGAAAUUAUAAUCACGGAUCUCACAUGCUAGGCUAUGCCAAAGACGAAAUAAUUUCAUUCCUUGAUACAAUGGAUGGUAUUCUCGAUUGUGUGAAGUUUUCUUGGACAUACGCUUUACAACUUGGAAUAACAAAAAUCGACAUGCCAAAUAUAGAGUAUGGUAUAACGAAUGUCAGCUUACAUCAAAUUAUAAAGACUGCUACGGAAGUUUUGUUUAUAUCUCCUAUAGAUUACAAGGAAAAAUUAAUGGCAAAAUUCGACGAUCCCAUUUAUUAUUAUCGAUAUGAUUUCAUUUAUAACAAAUCGCUUCACAAAAUUCUACUUGGCAUUGAUAUUGAUGGUGCUGCACAUGGUGACGAUUUGGAAAUGAUAUUUUAUUCAGAUUUAUUCCAAGUAAAUCCCAAUGCAAAGAACAGGAUGACGCUGUUACAAAAAAGGAUGACACGUUUAUGGGCGAAUUUUAUUAAAUACGGAAAUCCAACUCCAAAUGGUACCAACGAUACUUUAUUAAACGUUGUUUGGCCAGAUUCGAGAGAAUCUGGUAAAAUGUUAUGGUUAAACGAUGAUUUGGAAAUACAUGAUCGAUACAAGAGUCAAGACAUCACAAUGAUUGAAACUGGGUUACAAUUAAACGGUGGACCAAGAGACGGAUGUAAUAACAAAUGGAAAAAUAACAUACAAGAUUAAUUAUUGUUCACUUGAGUUAAAUAAUUUCUCAAAUUAUUAACUUAAUUCAGGUUUAAUUAUUAAUAUGGUAUCGUUAUAAGUGGAAUUUAACUAUUAAGUGAUCUAACAAUCAAUUAUAAAUUCGGCCAUUUAUUACUUAAUAUCUAUGCGAUUACCUCUUAAGUACACAUUUUGUAUUCAUUGAAACCGAUAAUGGAUUA